AUGGCGUCCCCGCGCCGCAAGCACACGUCCCAAAGGGACGCCGACGCAGCCGACCCCUUUGCCGACGACACCGUGGCCGUCCCGGCCGCGACCGUGGUUGGCGGCAAGGCGGCGGCGCCGGAUGCUUCCGGCUCGGACGACCUGGUGACCUGGGAGGAGGGCGAGGUCGUGCAGCGCGAGCGCAGCAUCUACGACACCUGGACGGAUCGCAAGCGCUACACGCUGCUGGGGCUGAUGAGCUUCGCCACGUUCCUCGUGCCCUUCAGCGACACCGUCUACCUGCCGUCCCUGACCGUCAUCCAAAAGGACCUCAACACCACGGCCACGCUGAUGGCUGCGACCGUGGCGGUGUACCUUUUCACAGUGGGGCUGUCGGCGCUGUUCUGGGGCCCGUUUGCGGACCGCUACGGCAGGCGUAAGUCUAUGCUCAUCGCCAGCUUCCUGUUCACCGCCUUCUCGAUCGGAUGCGUGUUCGCCCCCAACAUUGCUGCCCUGGUGGCGCUGCGCGCGCUGCAGGGCGCGGCGGUGUCUGCCAUGAUGGUGUCGUCCAACGCGGUGCUGGCGGACUCGUGGGAGCCCGCGCAGCGCGGCAAGGCCAUGGGCAUCUUCAUGAUCCCCACACUUGUCGGCCCCAUCGUCGGCCCCCUGCUGGGCGGCGGGCUGUCUCAGGGUCUGGGGUGGCGCAGCACCUUUGUGGCCAUGGCCAUAUGCGGCGGGGCCAUCUUUUUGGCACUCCUCUUCUUCAUGGAGGAGACCAACCACCACCACGUGCUGAAGAGGAUCCGCACUGUUGAGGGCCUGCAGGCGGCCAAGUCCAUCCGCGAGCACGACUCCAUCCCCAAGCCGGUCUUCCGGGCACCUUGGUACCCCCUCAGGCGAGCCACCGCGUCACGCGCCCUGCUUGCUCGUGUUGUCGUCGUCUUUGCGUCGAGGCGUGCUCUCGGGCUGCGCCGCGCCCCUGGGGCUGCGGCCUGUGCCCGCGCCCAGCCAAUGCAGGGAGGGCUUGCCUUCAGCCGUUGCACCUGA